AUGAUAUCGGCCUCAUACACCGUGAGCAGGCCAUUGUCUCUUCGCAUCAGCAGCUUGGCGUCAUCAGCACAAAGACCAAUCAUGGCUUCAAAACCGCCGACCUGGACGCGUCUCUACGCACAGCCCGCUACUCCACAGCCAGAGAAGAGCUCGGAAAAGAAGCCAAUUCCUGAGCCGCGGCCUAGUGCUUCCAUUGUGCUGCUGUCUCCCACCAACGAGGUCUUGCUGCUGCAUCGAGUCAAGACGUCGACUUCGUUUGCGUCUGCGCAUGUCUUCCCUGGCGGCAACUUGGAUGCGUUCCACGAUGGCGAUAUCCCAGCUCCCGGGACGCAUGAGCGCCAUCGCGACGGUCCGGCGUAUAGGCUGGGCGCUAUCCGGGAGUGCUUUGAAGAGACGGGAAUUCUGCUCGCCAAGAAGGAUGGCCGGUUGGUUGAUCUGCCGCAGCAAGAGAGGGACGAGGCGAGGAAAAAGAUUCACGGGAGCCAGAUCAAGUUUGCUGAUUGGCUGAAGUCAAUUGGCGCAGAAGCUGACCAAGAUGCGCUCAUUCCCUUCACGAGGUGGCUGACGCCCGUCGGCGUCGGUAAACGCUUCACCACUCAGAUGUACUUGUACAUGCUCCCCAUUUCACGGUCUGGGAUACCAUCCGAGAUGCUGGUCCCAACUCCCGACGGCGGCGUCGAGCACACCGAAGCCAUCUUCGCCCCUCCGCAGACGUUCCUCUCACGCGUGGCCUCCAAUGAGAUGAUCCUAUUCCCGCCUCAGUACUACAUCCUGACGCUUCUCACAAAGUUCCUCAAAGGCCCGACUAUCUCAGUCGAGGAAGGGCCCAUUCAUUAUACAAGGCAGCGCAAACAGCUUCUCAAAUUUGUAAAAGCCACUCCGACGGUAGAUACGGAAAAGGCCAAAGAUCAUGUUACGUCAAGCAUAUCGUGGGCGGACAAGGUGAUUAGUCCAUACCACUUGUUUGUCAGGAAGAGCGACAAGAGAGUCGUCUUGGGCUUGGAGAAGCCAGGGCUUGAGCUGAAGGAUUCGGAUAGGGGCGGUGAUUGGGAGAGAGUGGUGCUGGUGAGCUUUGGCAAGGCUGGGCCUUCUCAGGUGGAGGUGCGCCUGAGGGAGGAUGUACUCGCGGAGGAAAAGAAGGUUGCCUCGGGAGGGUCAAAGCUAUGA